AUGAUGCAACCUCCGGGCUUUACUUGUGAUAAUUAUCCGGCCCAUAUCUGUAAGUUGCGCAAGGCCAUUUAUGGCCUGAAGCAAGCGCCUCGGGCUUGGUAUAAUGCACUCAAAGGACUUCUUUCCUCAAUGGGAUUCAUUAGGCACAACCAUGCUAGACUCAUGUUUGUUUUGGUGUAUGUUGACGCCAUCAUAGUUACCGACAACAAUCUUAUCACUGUGAAAAAGGUUAUAGCUUCUCUUGCCUCUCACUUUUCAGUUAAAGACUUGGGCGAUCUUCAUUAUUUUCUUGGUGUUGAGGUGAUUCAAAGUUUUGAUGAAAUUAUUCUAUCCCAAGCCAAUUAUGUCAAUGAGAUCGUAAGUGAUGAAUUGAUGUCUGACUGCAAGAGUGCGAAAACACCAAUGAGUGCCUCCGAGUUACUCAAACUCAAUGAUGGGGCUCAGUUAACAGACGCAACUCGCUAUCGCCGAGUCCUAGGAAGACUUCAAUAUUUAUCUUUUACGAGGCCGGACAUGGCCUAUGCAGUCAAUAAAUUGUCCCAGUUUAUGCAAUUACCAUCCGAUCUUCAUUGGAAGGCUGUGAAAUGUGUUCUCAGAUACUCAACAUCUGGUUAUAUUUUGUUUCUUGGCCCAAACCCCAUCAGUUGGUCCUCGAAAAGGCAGAAGACUGUAGCUCGCUCAUCAACUGAAGACGAAUAUAGAGUUGUUGCUAAUGCUCUUGCUGAACUUCUGUGGGUUAGAAACCUAUUGCUUGAGAUGCAGCUCCCAGUUAGAGAUAUCUCUACAGUUUACUGUGACAACAUUGGUGUCAGUUACCUAAGCAAGAAUCCUGUUCUUCAUAGUCGCGUGAAACAGGUUGAGGUGGAUUUUCAUUUUGUGCGCAACCAUGUUGAAGAAAAGCUGGUUCGAGUUGUUCAUGUUCACUCUGCUGACCAACUUGUUGAUACGCUUACCAAAGCCCUUGCCAAGCCGGCCUUUGACCGGAAUAUGUUCAAGUUAGGCUUAGUGCCACAUAGCCUAACUUGA